AUGGUCGACAUAACCGCGCCCCUCCGCCCCUCGCGGAAAAAGUACGCCAUAGUAGGCACCGGCGGCCGCGCGAUAUUCUUCUACACGGCCAUCGCACAAGACUACGCCAAAACAUCCUGCAUCGUCGGGAUAUGCGACACGAACCAGACACGCAUGAACUACGCCAACACGAAGCUCGAAAGCUUCGGCCACGGCGCGGUUCCCACGUUCCCCGCCGCCGACUUCGAGCGCAUGAUCCGCGAGACGCAGCCGGACGAAGUCAUCGUCACGACCAUCGACCGCACGCACAACAUAUACAUCGCCAAAGCGCUCGACCUCGGCUGCAACGUGGUCACCGAGAAGCCCAUGACGAUCGACGCCCCGCGCUGCCGCGCCAUCAUCGACGCCGUGGAGCGGAACCCGGGCCGUCGCGUGCGCGUCACCUUCAACUACCGGUACGCGCCGCACAACACCAAAGUCUACGAGCUGCUGCGCUCCGGCGCCAUCGGCACCGUCACCAGCGUGCACUUCGAGUGGAUGCUGAACACGUCGCACGGCGCGGAUUACUUCCGCCGAUGGCACCGGGACAAGCGCAACAGCGGCGGGCUGCUCGUGCAUAAGAGCACGCACCACUUCGACCUGGUAAACUUCUGGCUGCGCACGCGGCCCCAGACCGUCUACGCGCAAGGCGAUCUGAAGUUCUACGGGCGCGAGAACGCUGAGCUCCGGGGCGUCGCGCCAUCAGCGUUUUACACGCGCGCGCACGGGAACGGAAACUCUAGAGAGGAUCCGUUUGCUUUGCAUAUGGAGGAUCACCCGCAGCUCAAAGCUAUGUAUCUCGACGCGGAGCACGAGGACGCGUAUUACCGGGACCAGAGCGUGUUCGGAGACGGGAUUAGUAUCGAGGACACAAUGAACUUGCUCGUUCGGUACCGCAAUGGCGCUGUGAUGACGUAUUCGCUAACGGCGUAUGCCCCGUGGGAGGGGUUCCGGGUGAGUUUUAAUGGGACCGGGGGACGUCUAGAGAUGGAGGUUGUGGAGAAUAGUUAUGUGAACUCGGGAGGCGAUCAAGCGGCCGAAGGGUCAUUGGAAAAGCGGACGAUUACGCUGCGCAAGUUAUUUGAGAAACCGCAGGAGAUCGAGAUUUCAGAUGGUGUUGGCGCUCAUGGUGGUGGUGAUACUGUACUUCUUAAUGACCUCUUCGGCGAGCCCACGACCGACGAGUAUAUGCGAGCGGCGAGCCAUGUCGAUGGCGCAUUAUCCAUUCUAACCGGUAUCGCCGCGAAUCGCUCCAUUGCUACGGGGCAGGUAGUCAACGUCGACGACGUACUGAACAUACCAUGA